CUUCUGAUAUAUCCUCAUAUAAUCGUCAUGUCCGCUACAAUUCCGGUUACACCCCGAGAACGAGUGACCAUCCGGUCAACCCUCCCUCGGCUUCCCAUUGACAAGCCUCCAACGCUGGAGAUUCUCACAGAGAGACUGCGAUUACGUCUCCUGCGAUCGUCUGACUUGGAUGUGCUUCAUAUUAUGCGCACUCAGGUGGAGGUGAUGCGGUGGUCUGUCAAGGGUAAACCCAAUGAGUCUAUUGACAUCACCAAGAAAGAAUUAGAUAAGAUGAUGUCCAGCCCUGAAUCCUUGGCUUUUGCAAUCUGCUUAAAGGGCACAGGCGAAAUGGUGGGCAUUGGUGGCCACCACCGGAGACAGGGAGACCUCGGGUGGCCAACACUCUUCUACACCUUGCGAUCGGAGGCAUGGGGCAAUGGCUAUGCGACCGAAUUUCUCAAGGCCUUUUUAGACCAUUGGUGGACGCUACCGCGUGAAGAAGCUGAGUGGCCAGUCGAUGUGUCGCUCAUUAGUGGCGACGGGCCUAUCAAAGAUGAGCUCGUUAUGGCCGCCACGGUGCUCCUGAAUACUGCUAGUCAGGGAGUAAUGCGCAAGAGCGGCAUGGUACUGACCAAGAUCUGGGAGGAAGAAGAUUUACACAAGCCGGGUACCGGUGAACUGAUUCAGCUGUUGGCCUUCGCACAGAAGAAACCAACUCAGUGAUCACCUUUGGUUGGAUAUAUGCAGCAUUUAGUACUUUGGAACCUAUAUUAAACCAACU